ACACUAAACAUAAAUGACAGUUACAGAAAGCAAACAGUUACUUAUUUAAUUUUUAAAAAUGUUUGAACGUUAUUUAUUUUGAAACGAGCGAAAUAUAGUGUGAAUUGUGAGUUUAUGGAUAAAUGUUGUUGUUGUAUUUAUUGCUAACAAAUACACAAUUAUAAAAUGUCCACCAGAUCCGGAAAACGGAUCCAUGCCUCAUUUCAUGAGAGCGAAGUACCUGUUGAUACUGAACUUGUUUGUAAAAAAGAAAAAAAGACCCGAAACAAACCAUCAAAAGAGAAUUUAGAAGACACCGUGUCUACUGUUACUAAGUCAAAAAAACGAAACAACUAUGUCAGUUAUCCUACAGACGACGAUGUAACAUCUGAGAGCGGCGUUACUAAUGAGAACGAAGGCCAGCAGAGCAGAGUAUUACGAAGAAAUAUGUUAAAAGAGCAGAAUUUAAAUGUACCCAAUGGCGAAGUAGAAAAGCCCAUGGUUGAUGUAAAAAAAAUUAUACGACAAACUAGACGGACUAGGAAAUUUUCGGAAGAUAAUAUAGAAACGGUUACAGAUCAAGAAGAAUGUAUUCCCGAAGUUGUAAUGGAAACUGCGACUGGUAAAGUUAAAGGUAAAAAAAAUAAGAAGAAAAAAGCCAAAAGUCAAAGUGAAGUUAAUGGCGAUAAAGAAAAGAUUGUCUCUAAAAAACAAUCUAAGAAAAAAAGAAAGAAGACAACCAGCAAAAAUGACUGUAAUGUUGAAGAGAGCAGUGUUAAUAAGUCUGACAUGUCAGUAGACUCAUUCCAUAGUGCUGCAGGCAGCUCAUUACAUGAUGAUUAUGGUGUAAACCAUGAAAUAAAUGUAUCAUUUGACAAAUCUUCCAAAGGAGUUAUUAUAGUUGACAGAAAUACACAUGAUAAUGUCACAUCUGAGAAUGGAACUAAAACUAAGAAAAAAUCAUCUACAUUUGAAGUUAUUUACACUUCUAUAAAUAAAGACAAACCUAAAAAUUCUCACAAGAAUCCUAAAAUUGUAGUUAAUGAAGAUAGUGAGUUACACAAUAUGAAUAAUACUUUUGGUAAAGAAACAAGGAAGAAGAGGAAACCUAAUGCCAGAAGUGAUACAAAUGUGACAGAGAAGGUAUCGGGUAAAAACUCAGAUACAUAUGAGAAAUUGAAUACUACAUUUGAAAAAGAAACAAAUGGGAGUUCUUCAAAGAUACUGAAUAGUACAUUUGAGAAACCAAAUGAAAGAGAAUCAUUAAUUAUCAACAUAACUCCUGAGACAGGUGUGAGUAAAAGAAAAUCAUUCAGGUCCAAUUCGGAGGCACCAAAAUUGUUUAACAGUACUUUUGAUGAACCAGAUAUUGAUGAAGUGACAAAUCUUAACAGUACCUUUGAAAAAGAUAUUUGCAACAUAAACAAUUCUAUUAAAAAAGUAACUAAAAACCUUAACACUACCUCUGAAAAAGACAACAGUACAAAAUCUGGUAAAAUUGCAUCUGGAAAGUUUAACAAUACUUUUGAAAAAAGUGAUCAGAAGAUAAAAACCUCGAUAUCAGGUUCCGAUACUCUAAACCCUUUAAAUAGUACAUUUGAGAAGUCAAAUAAGAAUGGAGUGAAGAUCAAUACAACAUUUGAUAAAGACGAAACCAAUUUGAACACCACAUUUGACAAAACCACUGCUAAUGAUAGUACCAGUAAGUCAUCAUUGAUCACUUCUGAUGACUCUGAAAACUUGACCUUUGACAAGAUAGCUGACAACACAAGAAUCAGUGUAAGUGAUGAUUCUAGAACUGAGAACAUUGUUAAUACAACACCUGUAUUAAUAGACAGUAGUAUGGAUAAUUCUAGAACAAGCAGUGAAGCUAAUAAAACCUCUAUGGUGAAUGUACCGCUUACUCCUUUGAAAAGAGAGGGGACCUUCACUAAAGAUGGCCCUGAAGCUGGCAAUGAUAGUUUUAGCGAAAGAACUCCUUCUAAACAAAUGUCACUGUCUACUCCUGGUUCUACUCCGUUCCCCUUCUCAAAGAGUUCUCAGAGGGAAAAAAGUGUUUUGAAUGUAACCCGGUCUAUUGAGAAGACGGGAAGGCUGUCAGUGUCAUUGGACACUACCACAAAUGCUCCCACAAGGACCACUAGAGUAAUGUUCUGCAGUCCAGUCAACAAUCCCGCUGUUGUGAUGCAACACAGAAGGAAGGUGAUCAAAUCAAAUUUGAAAGGAUCCAACAAGAGCUUCAUCGUCAAUGAUGAUGACAAUGCGAGAAGUCCGGCGCCGCGCAAGCGCUCGUACACGCACAACGACGCGGAGAACGAGCGUGCGAAACGCAAGCGGCUCGCCGACGACCAGCAGCUCUCGGUGGACAGGCUCUCGCGGCCCAGGACCUCCGGCGCUGCAGGAAAACCGGAACCGGUCACUCCGUCCAAGAAGAUUCCAACUCCAUCCAAAUCGAAAUCCGAUACUAAGAUAUCGAGAACCAAACUACCGAAUUUCGCAGCGCUGCACCAGCGAAGGUUCGAGAAGAUGGAGUCGUUGGACGAGUGCCAGGAGCGGAAGGCGAAGAGAGCGCGGCAACUGCUCGUUCCCACCGCUCCCAUUACAGUCCUGGAGAGAAGCAGCCCUAGAGUAUCACCCACGAGCUCUGAGCCGCCGAUGACGAAAGAAGCUAAAAAGAUGGAUCUAACAACUGUCAAGAAAUCAGAAACGCCAACAAAGAAACUGCCAACGUUGGAUUCCCUAAGGCCGGGGUACACAAGGUUCGGUUUUAAAAUGAACUUAGAAGUGAACCCCUUCAGCAUCACCAGUAAGAACGUGAUGAAGCCAAAGGAUAAUAAACCUAAAGGUGCGCUAGUAAGACAGGCUACAUUGCCGUCUCUAACCGGUACGACGACAAGCAGGAGGGAAAUCGCCAAGCAGACUGUUAUGAGGGAGAAAUCCUUCACGCAUGUGUCAGAGAAACGAGAUAUCAAGAGAAAGGAGAAUAGGUGUAUAAUUAAGGGUGUUAGAACAAACAGGAGGUUUGAUUUGCAGAUGAAAAUGAGAAACAUGGAAGCAUAACACAAUAUAGUCUCAAGAAUGACAAUUUAUGGGGCGCCAUGGGCGUUACGGUGUAUUCCAUGUUAUCCAUGGUGCUAUUCACGUCAAUAGCUGACGUUUACCACUUUCCAUCAGGUGGGCCGUCAGUCAUAUUUGCUAUUCGAAGUCGUUGUUCAAAAUACUAGUGAACAUAUCGUCACCUCUAUGGCAAAUUUACGAAUCUGCACUUUUUUCAAAUUUGACAUUUCAUUAAAAAUCUACAUUUUACGUCAUACUACUUAUUGUGGCUUAUUUUCAAAUUUCUAUCUCUAACGGUUAAAGAAAUCUAGUAGCUCGAAUCUCCAUAUUUUUGUGAUAUACCCAAAGUAAACUUACUUAGCAUAUUUUUAUUGUAUUUUCUAUAAUAAACACUUUAAUUUGAAAAUUUCAAUAAUUAUUUUAUAAAUUUUUUCAAUCCUAAUUUAGUUAUUUUACAUGAAUGAUUCCUAUAACGUUGUUAUUUAAACUCAAGUUUUCUCUAAACCACGUGAUUUAUACCGUGGUAUAUUUACAAAAGUGGCACUUUCGUUAGUUUGCCAGAUAUUAAAAUAAAUGAUUAUCUUUGGCAACUUACGAAACUGCCACUUUCGUAGGUUUGCUGUUGUAAAACUCAACAUCUAGGAACUCUCAUGUAUGAAGGUGCAAAGUAACUAAUAUGCAUUUAUUUCUGAUACUUGUAAUAUAAUAAUAAUUAACUAAGAGCAUUCAAAAAAAAAAAAAACAGAAUUUUAAAACUAAAAUGUUAGCAUGAUCUUUUACAGUAGUCUUCUGUCAAAAGUUAUUUGCAUUCUAAUGUUUCAAAACGUUCCCCUGUAAAAUGUAUCUUUUUCAGUUUCGUAAGUUUACCAUAGAGGUGACGAUAUAUAUAAUAAAGUUAAUUACUAACAUUAGAUACUAAUGCCAGCGUCGUGACUAACACAAAACUUUUAAUAGACCUCACCAAAUAAUGUAUAGCUUAUUUUGUCCGGGAAUAGAUCGGUGGAAAUACUAACUCUUGUGGUUCUGGCGUUACUGCGUUACGUCGAUAAUGGUUACUCAAUUGUUGGUUAUUUAUUAUUGGCAAAAGGUCAUGACCGUUGCAAUACGAUAUAUAUUUCCCCAAUAUAUUUGCUAAAUGAGACGAUAGACUUCAAACACUGUGUCUUCAAACACAACUAUUAUAUUUAAAUGUAUCUUUUUUGCACAUUUAAUUUUAGAAAAAAAAUACUUUUUUUGAAUUUGAGUUCGCAAAUACAAAAUUUUUUUUUUAAACUUAUCAAUCACUUUUCCCAAAAAUUGAAGCAUAGUUUUUGUUUAAUAGGAACUGAAGUUUUUAAUGUUUAUAUUUAUUUAACAACUUUUUUGAGUACAAUGAACCAUUUAUAAUAAUACCAUAGAUACAUUAAAGUUGCAGAGAACUGGUGCCUGAACUGGGCAUCCGAAGAACCCGUGUCACAAGGCACCAGGACCCCUCGCUGGCAUGAAACAUUUUAUGGUAAUACAUACAGUUGGAGAACAUAAAAGUUGUUACGCGUAGCAGAUACAAUACGAACACAUAAAAAUACAUAUACACACAUAGUUAUAUAAUAUUGAAAAGUUUAAAUAACAAUCAGUCAAACUGGAUAAAAAUCAGCAAACAAAGGCAAGGUAAUCGAUAAUCAAUCACUAAGACAGGGUAAAAAAAUAAAAUAAAAAUAACAAUUAGAGAAUAAAUAAUUGAAAUAAAUCCGCCUAAUAAUUAUGAUGCGUUAACGUUAAGUUUAUUUUUGGGUUUAAUAGUACAUCUGCGCUGGUACGAAAUAUCCCGCUGCACCACUGUGGUCCUGUUUCAUCAGAUACAUACUACAUUCUCACUAUUAAGUCAUCAAUCUAUCACUCACUCGAUCACUAUUAAGUACUCAACGUUGCUUGACGAGGUGAUCAAAUGAAAAGAAAAGCUUGCGCCAACAAUCCUUGCGGUGUCGUACUUCUAGUGAUUUGGAAUGAAGUUAAAAAAAAGAUAAAGCUUAUAGCUUUCCGUACUAACAUGACUUACGAAUGAAGUGUCACAUCAGCGGGUCUAGCAUGAAAUGACAUUCCGAAAUUUCAGUAUCAAUUUCGUGUUUUCGUUUAUAUCAAAAUCGGACCCAAUAAAUGGAGUUUAACAUUUCGUUCGUCACACAUCCUAUCAUAAAAGUCCAAAGAGACAAUAUUUUAACAUUUUUAAUAUUUCCAAAUGGCAUGUAUUAUGUAAUUUUAACAUUAAAUUUCUGUUUCGUUUGGCUCCGAUAUUUCGGAAAACAUUUCAUGGUGGGCCCUCAGUCUUUAACCCUUAAAAGCCUGAUUUUUUAAAUUAAAUUAAAAAAAUAUAUAAGUGUACCCUUUACUGUGUUUACUAAUGGGGAAAAAAAUCAAAAAGAUAUUUUUAUAUAUUUAUUUUGAAAAAAAAAAAAAACAUUUGGUAUAAUUUUUGACACUUUAGGCACUCACGGUAAUCAAAAUAUUUAAAUUUAUUUAACAAUGAAACAAUGCAAACCCCGGUAUCAAAUUUGAAACUUCAGGUAUUCAAGGGUUAACUGGCCACAGCUGGACAUAGGCCUCACCCUUGGGGGGUUUACUAGUAGUUGCGACUCUUGGUAGGCGGGUUGGCAACCGCAGUUAGACUUUGGUCAUGUUAUAAGAGAGACACUGCCCCAUCCUUCACGCUCUCUUAGUCACCUCUUACGACACUCACGUGAAAGGAAGAAAUAGCCCAAUCUAAGGCGGCACUACAUGACAAGUUAGUAUUGAAUGCUCUAAUUUAAAAUCUUCGAGCCUCAAUGGUCGCGUACUGCGCGGUUUCAGAGAUGUUUCCUCCCACGAACACUCAGGUUGUGGAAUGAGCUUCCCUGCCGAGGUUUUCCCAAGAGACUACAGCAUGGGGUUCUUCAAAAGGGGAGUAAAGAGGUUUCUUUAGGGUCGGCAACGCGCGCGUAAUGCCUCUGGUAUUGCAGGUGUUCAUAGGCUACAGUAACCACUUACCAUCAGGUGGGCCGUAUGCUUGUUUGCCACCUCAGUGGUAUAAAAAAAAAACCAUGUCUUUAACUGGUAAACUUUUCCAUGUUGGUAACGUUUUCGUUUUCAUUCUAUGUAAGUACUUGUACCGCCUAUUAUAAGUACGUGCCAUAUUUUUGUUAUCUGAUAUUACCUCUGCGUUAGUUCCACAAGCCUUUUACUAACAUAAACUAUAAUUUAACAGUAUUAACUAGAAUUACUAACUAAAUAUAUUGAACGUUGCUAGUUUAUGGACAGUUACAAUAGAGGAACUAGAAAUAAAUUACUAUAAAUUUAGAACUAGAAUAGUUAUCAAUUAAUACAACGUAUGUACGUUGUAUUAAUUGAUAACUAUAUAACAUGUGUGAACAAUUUUUUAUUACAAUAUACUUAAGAUUUUGUAAAGGUUUUUCAAUAUUAUAAUGAUUAUUUAGUUAUUUCAAUUAAAAAUAGACUUCGCCAAAUUAAUGUACUAAUAUAUUGUAAGUCUUAAAUUUUUCGUAUUUAAGAGUACAUAAUAUGCUUUUAUUAAGAGAUGGCUCUUCAUAUAUUAAUUUUAAAUAUAUAUUUUUUUUAUGUAUCAAAGUGACGUUAAAACUACACACGGCCUACUACGUUUAACACUGGUCACCCUAACACCUAUCUUCUAUCUAUACUUAUAAUAAAUCUGUAGAGAGGUCAAUUCUGUACAUGAAAUAUAUUUCUAAAAUAACUAUUAGGGAGUGAUUAGUGAUCGAUACUGAUGCCAAAAAUGCUAUCAGUGAAAUUUUUGUCUGUCUGUCUGUAUGUUCGUUAUAGAAACAAAAACUACUUGGCGGAUUUUAACGAAACUUGGUACAAUUAUUUUUUGGCCAGGUUAUAGUAUACUUUUCAUCACGCUACGAUCAAUAGGAGCAGUGCAGUGAAGGGAAAUGUUAAAAAUGUCCACCCGUGCGACGCCAGGACGGGCCGCUAGUUUGUAAAUGAAUUUAUUAUUGUACUAUUUAGUUAUAAGACAGGAACGGACUGUCUUAGACGUAAAUGACACGUAAGCAAAUACAAUACGCACAUUAAAAAUGUUUAAUUCAAAAUUAAACAUUAUAUUGUACGUACUUUGGGUAGAUUUUGUAAUGGCAAUAGCAUUGUUUAAAUUAAUGAUAUAUUAUGUGUGAAAUGUUUGGAAUCAAUGUUUGAAUAAUGUAACAAAAUAAACAUACGAUUAGAUAUUA